AUGCAAGCUCCGUCCAUGGUCUCUGGAAGAAGACAGGUCGACAUCGACAGAGACAGAAUCACCGUCCUUUUAUUGAUCAACGUGCAGCUCUUGAAGAAAGCGUACCAGAUGUACGUCUCCUUUCUUAGCAACCCUCAGGCACUCCAGCUGUUGGCUCCACAGGGAAGGCAGCAGGUGUUGGAACAGUACUCCAACUUGAACAGAAGACUUCAGUGCAACCUCUCGGUUUUGCUGUACAUCAACGAUACCUACCACAACAAAGCGGCUGCACAGCAGCCCAACAGGUUGCAGUUUCCUGUGAUUCUUUCGGCGCCGGCAGAGUUGCCCGAGUUGCGCCAACUAUAUAAGCGACUUCAAGAUCUAUAUCCCGAGGCGUUGCAGUUUUUGAAGGUGAAGUUGCAGCAGAUGAAGCAGCAGCAAGAAAUGCAAAGGCCCGGUAUGGUCCAGCAUCCUCUGCAGCAACAGCAGCUGCAAAUGCAACAACUUUCACAACAACCACAGCAGCACCCACAGCGGCCCAUGCCGUCUACCAACCUUCUGCAACAACUGCAAGCUCCACAGCUGCAACAGCAGCCGCAACAACAACAACUCCCUCAGCAUCAAAGCCCCUAUGACCAGUUCGCCAUGCGUUCAAAUACGGAAGUAUCUCAAGCAAACAGAGCCGGCUCAGGCGCAAAGCCUUCAUCCCAACAGCGGCAAAAAGCAAUGGAUAUGGCUCAAUCCAAGUCCUUCAUGGGCCCUCCUAAGGAUGACUUUGUCACUUUCAACAACAAUAACAACAGUAAUCAUAUGAAUACCAAUGGGAACGACGGCGUCUUCCCAGGGCUGUUUGCCAAUGAUAACAACGAUGGGAUGCCUAUGAACAUGCUGUCGAUAUCCCCGCAACAGAUUCUUCAGCAACAACAAAACGGAGGUGGCGAUGGUGGAAACGAUUUCAUGAUGGAUUUUUACUAG